AUGACAUCGUUAAAUCCAAGUCAAAACAAACUUCAAACUGAAAAUCAAACCAUCCCAUCAGAUUUAAUUUCCAGUUCACCUUUAACAAACACUUCAAACUCAAACUCAUCAUAUCCUAAUUACCUUCAAUCUCAAUCAUCAUCGACACUUUCUCAAUCUACUCCUGAAUUAUAUGCUCAUGAUCCUUGGUCUUCUCCUACUCAUUUAACCAAAACUUUCUCAUCUUCUUCAAUCAAUGAACCCUUCACUUUACCUAACAAGAUCGAAGGUCAUAUCAGUGAAGCCGCUUUACCCAACGUCUAUCAUCAAGCUUUCAAUGCUGCUGACCCAUCUGCUGGAACAAUCUCACUCGCUAAUGCUCAUCGGGUUCUCGCUAGUAGUGGUGUAGGUGCAAGUACAAUCGAGAGAAUAUUAAGCGUGACUUCUGAUCACCGCUCUUCACGACUCACUAAAUCAGACUUCAGCAUUGCUCUGGCUGCAGUUGCUUUCUCACAGCAAGGAAAACCGCCUCGAGCAGUCCAACAGCUCAUAUCUCGCAAUGCGCCAUUUCCAAUUCCUACCCUCGACUUUGGCCCACUGGUGUUAACCUCGCCAGCAAGGUCGAGCUACAACCGCCGUUCAGCUUCUCCUGAAGAUCCUUGGUCUAGCUCCACAAUCAAAUCCAGAACAAAUGUAUCCUCUACCAUCACCAACGGUUUACCAUUUGUGGUCGAAGAACAAGAACCACUUCUUGGAUUUGGUCUUGAGACUAGUCUACUACCUGAGGGUACCACCAAUCUUAGCUCUCAGUUCUUACCUCCCUUCGAUCGGUUACAACAAGAUUUGGUGACAGUCCGACUGAGCGCUCCCGAAGGAUGGAUCUUAAAGUAUAAUGUUUAUUCUGUCGAUCAUGAAAAGAAAGGGACAAGUGUACCCAGGAGGUAUAGUGACUUUGUAUGGCUUCACGAAUGCCUCUUGAAACGGUAUCCGUUCCGGUUGGUACCUGGUUUACCUCCGAAACGUAUCGCAAUCUCAGGGCAUCAUCUUGCAACAGGCGACGAGACAGCAUUCAUCGAACGACGUCGCCGAGGUCUCCAGCGCUUCCUCACCUAUCUCGUGAACCACCCUGUCCUCUCCGCCGAUAAUAUUCUUAGCACAUUUCUCUGCGAGCCGUCGGACUUGGCGACUUGGCGCUCACAUUCGACAGUUCAUCUCAUUGAAGAAUCAGCAGUUAUUCGUCUGACUCCCGCCGAGGAGAUGUCAAUUCCAGAAGAUCUUGAUAGUAGACUCUCUGGGUUCAGGUCACGACUUCCAUUGAUUGUAGAACAUUGGAGUCGAAUUUGUGCAGGAUUGGAACGAGUGACAAGACGAUAUGAAGCACAGGCUGCAGACUUUACUAGGAUCCAACUUGCACUUGGAUCAGCAGUUGAAAGUGAAAGAACAGGAUCUGGAACAGUUGGACAUGCUUGUUGGAGACCUGCAGAAGCUAGAAGAGCAGAAGAUGAGAUUGAAGUAGUAGCACAUCAUGUGGGAAAACAUUCUGAUUUAUUAGAUCGACGAACCAGAAGACUUGCACUUUCUACCAAUGAAGAAGUAAGAGCGCAUCGAGAGUUAUAUACUGAUUUUGGAGGAUUAUUCAAUAGAUUAGAUAAAUUAAGUAUAGAUGAUGUAGAUAAAAGAUUAAAACCUCGAGCCGAAAUGAAUAGUAAAAAAUUAGAAGAAGUAAGAAAUUUAAGAAAAUCAGGAUGGGAAGAAGAAUCGGAUAAAUUACGAAAUUUAAUUGAAAUCGAUAGAGCUGGAAUCGAAAGUAAAUUAAGAAGAAGAGUAUUCAUCCGAUGGUGUCUUUGGCAAGAAUGGAUUCAUUUGAUGAGAAUGGGUAGUUUGAUUGGUAAAGGAUUAAGAGAGUUUGUAGAUGAUGAAAGAAGGUUUGGUGAAAGAGCUUUAAGUAAUUGGGGUGAAGUUUCAGAUGCGAUUGAAGGACUUGUUAGAUGA